GUUAAGAAUGAUCAAGACAUGUACAUCCAAAUUCUACACGCUAAUUAUAUAACUUUAAGCUAGUUUGCUACUUCUGAGUCCCGUUGAGUGCGCUUUUGCUGAGGUUCAAUAUUCUGAAAAAUUGUCACUUUCAUUUUCAAGUGGAAAAUCCGGAGUACAAGUUUUUGAUUGGUGAACGUUGAUCAGUUUACCAAGUGGACGGGGUACGGACAGAACUAUAUAGUCAACAAUUCAAACCAUUUCAUGCGUACCACAGGACGAUUACCAAGACGUAUCCACGGAAACAAUCAAAUGGACUGAAUCCUUCAAUUCCUGCAGAUGAAGAAGAAAUUUAAAGAAUUAUAAUUAUGUAAACCCCAUACAGAGACCCCAACCCACCGGUCCGUAGAGGCCAUACCUACUGUUUAUACCAAAUUAGUUCUCUUUCUCCCAAGGAAACUAGUACUUCAGACCAAAUUUGAACUAAAUCCUUUUAUUCCAACAGAAAACAAAUUCCAACCAAUUUGCAGUACCCCCUCCUAAGGCCCUUCGGGGCCGGACCCACCGUUUAUACAAAUUUGCUCCCCUUCAUCCAACAAAUCCAUUGACUUUCACAUACGAAGAAGGAUGUUUUAAAUGUUUUAUUCCCGCUAUUGGAUCCCACCCAUCAGGCCCCUAGUUGGCCACACCCAACGUUUAUACAAAAUUGGUUCCCUUCACCCAAACAUACUUCAGACCAAAUUUGGACCUAAUCCAAUCAUUUUUACAGAACAAGAUUUUAUAGAUUGUAAUUGCUGUAUUUCCUCUUUUCGACCCUGCCCCUCAGGUUCCUUGGGGUCAAACCCGCCAUUUAUACAAACUAGUUAUUUUUUCUAACGAUGGACGCUUGGGCCUUAACAAGCUCGUCGGUCCUUCUGAAAAGGUUACAUAAAAUGUCUGAUACUUGAAUGCCUUGACUAAAAGACAAUUAAUAAACCUUCGGACUUCGAUAUUGAAGACGCCACAUCUUUUUAAUAUACCGUCGCCUUAUAAAACGAGGAAACAAAGGCAAAAUAUAGACAGAAUAUACAUUAACAUGGAGACCAAACCAUGUUAUGCCAUGGUUUCAAAAUGAGAAGCUAUAUGGUGAUAUAAGCUCUAGAAUAUAGAAACCUAUUAAACAUUUCCCCGUUUUUAUGCCUUUUCAAACCAGAAUGUAUUUUCCGGUCAACGUGUGAUAUAUGUUACACUUCCAUCAUAAAGGGACUGUUGGUUGUAGAAUGGAUAGCAAAAAAGCAGAAAGAAGAACUAGACUAGAGUCCAUUGGAGAUGAACUUUCGCUGGACAACAUUUGUAUUUUGAAAUUCCUCUCUCAUGGGGUUGUUCCGGCCAGAAAACUACAGGAAUGUACGAAAGGUUCAACAUUGCUAUUGGAAAUUGGUGCAGAAGGAAAUGACGUACAUUUAGUAGAAGGUUUGGCAAGGGCAGGUAGGAAAGAUCUAGCCUCCAGAUAUAGUGAAGGUUGUCAAAAUGAGGGCGAGGCUCUUUAUUCACAAAUGAUGAAGAAUUUUGAUGACCUGGAGAAGACAUGUCUAAAUGAAUUUAGGGUCUUAUUAGUGUACAUAGCAAAUGAACUAACAGACAGUGAGGACCUGCAAAAACUAAAAGAUGUUACAACGGGUGUUCCGAAGAGAGCUUUAGCCAAAGCAGCCACGGUGCUGGAUUUCUUCAAUUUACUUAUGGAGGAGAAGAAUCUGCUGCCUCAGACAUUGGACACUGCACUUUUAAAUCCAAUGGACCGUCUUCGAGUAACUACAUGGAAAAAGCAUUCGGAACAAAUUUCAGGUUUUAAAGAGAGGAUAGCCUUGCGUGAAUCAGGAGAAAGGGAAGGUUCAAGGGUCAAACCGACGGCAGAAACUAUUCCGAAAGUGGCAGAAUCAAAACAGACCAGCGGGGACCGCAAGGAAUGCUUAGAAGAGGCACAAGAAACUGAGCCGAAAUUGGCCGAGAACGAGCAGACUGGAGAGCGGACUGAAGAAACUGCUACGAAAGUAAAUGCAGUGGAAGCAAAACAGACCGAUGAGCUUGCGGAAAGAUCCGAAAAAGCACAAGAAACUGUAUCCAAAGUGACGGAGACCGAACACACCAGAGAGAAGACUCGAGAAAAUAUACAGGAAGCGGGUGGGCAGGGCGUAGAAAGAACAGAACAUCCUGAGAUUAGUGGUGAGAACGAGGAAAGACCAGACGUUUCACAAGAAAAUGUAACAGAGACUGAACAUUCCAACACUGGUGGUCAGAAACAAGAAAAUCAAGAUCAAGAUCCAGAAAAAAGGCAGGAUGGAGCUACGUCUGAGCAGCCUCAUAUUGAAGACGGGAGGAGAAACACUUUGAAUCCAGAUACAGACUCUGGCGCAAAACCUAAACGUCAUCCGGUAAACAGACGAAUGAAAAAUAUUAGACUUAAAGAAUACAGAAUGACCUGUAAACCAAGAGGAAAGGCAGUUAUAUUUAACAUUGAGAAAUUCAGUAGUCUAUACAGCCAUCCUACAGAUCAGAAGCCAAGGGACCGAAUAGGCUCUUCAGUGGAUGCGGAUGGCAUUCAGAGGAUCUUUAAACAGUUGCAUUUCGACGUGGAGCGUUUCGAUGACUGUUUGCUCCAUAUGUUAAAAGACAGACUCUGGAAACUUGCAUAUGAGACCGAUCACGAUCAUUUCGAUUGUAUUGCGAUAUUCAUUCUUACACAUGGUAGUAAUGGGCAACUUUUAGAUGCAAAUUGCAAAUCAUUUGAUUUCGAGCCACUUCGCAAGUACUUUUAUGCCAGCAAUUGUAAGACACUUGCUGGGAAACCGAAGAUGUUCUUCAUCCAAGCGUGUCAAGGAUCUGUAACCCAAGGAAGAUACAAUCACUUAGAAAAAGACACUAUCGUGGUUGAACCGACAACGCUGUCGUCUACGCCAUCGUCAACACCAUCGUCAUCACCACCGUCAACACCGUCGUCAUCACCACCGUCAACACCAAUCAGUUUUGCUGAAUCACAGGGGAAUCAGUCACCGGAUGAAGCAGAUUUUCUUCUUUGCCAUUCUACGUCUCCGGGAUAUGUGUCCUACAGACACACAGAAAAGGGAUCCUGGUUUAUCAGCACGUUCAUUGAAACGCUUGAGAGAGAUUGCAACAGGGUCGAUCUGUUGGAGAUCCUUACCAGAGCGAACUGUAUUCUUGGAGGCAAAACGGGAACCGUAAAAGGAAAACCUUGUGCUCAAAUUGCAAACAUCAUCACAUCACUUCGAGGAAAGGUUUUCCUCCGCACCAUUCCAGAUACUUGAUACAACUGAAGGAAAAUACAUGUAUUGUUUCUUGGCAUGGCAGACCAAAGACCAAUGCGCAAUGAUCAACGUUUCUAUGCAAAAUUAUAAUGAUAACACUAGAUGAACUCGUUGUACUAUGUUAUGAGUAUACAUGUCUUUUAUUUGUACUUUAUUGUCGCUAUAAACUGACACCGACUCUUUUAUGAGCCCUUUGUCUGAUUACAAUGUGUAAAAAUCAAUUUCACAUUUAUAAGGAAACGAACUUGUCCUUGAUUUAGUGUAAGCAGUUUAAAAUGUUGACAUAACUUGUUUGUGAUUUAUAAUGUUUAGACGUUAGUAAUACUGACCUAUUAUCAGUUAAACCUAACCAGUAUGUGAGCUUUAAACAUGUUAAUGAUAAUAUAAACGUUUGUUUUCUCCCACUCUAUAACUAACAUAUCAUUUUAUAAUAUGUUUGCCAUUAAAUUUUGCUGUUGUGAUUGUUUGACAAUCAAUAUCGACGAUUAACGAUAAACGUGCAAUACUUAAAUAUACUACAACAGUAUCGAUAACAGGUGUAUCGACCAAUCGGUAUCCGACACAUCACAAAAAUGCAUAAAAUGAUAUAUAUCAUAUACACUAUGUGUUGGUUAUCCGUAGUUAUAGAUUUGAAUUUCCUGUCGUUCUUGUACCGAGAGAAAUAUAUGUAAUAUAUGUACAAUUCGUAUCCAUGUAUGUAAAUACAUUGCGAUCCAGGUAUUCAUAUAAUCUUAUAGACGACUUCCACAAUGAUCAUGUCAGGGUAUCGGGCCGACCAUCACUGCGCCAUUGAAACGUUCUUUUUAGAACGCCAAUGUGGCGCAGCGAUAUAGGCUGCGAGUAUUUCUGGCUGGGCGAUUGGGUGUCGUAGAUCGUGAGUUCGAGGCCCGGUCAGGGCAAGAGUCAAAAAGUUGUCUUCCUUCGUCAUUUGUGUUGCUAAGUAAGCUUCUAAGACUUUUACAAGCAAAAUUGAUAAUAACAAAGACAAUUAAUGUUGAAUUGAAAAUGACCGUUUAUUAUAUUAAACGACGGUUGUUAAGGAAUAUAACAUCAAAGGUAACAAUUCUUUCCUUAAAAGUCUUAGAUGGGGGUUAAAACCCGCCACACCAAGAAAAAGUAUACAUAAAAAAUUAAGUUCUCAUACAAAUACAUAAGAAUUUCUACGGAGAUUAUCCCUGAAGAAUUUACACCAUUCAACUUCGGAAAGGAGGCUGUAAGGGGAAGGUGGUGAGCAAAAUAGAAAUUCGUCAAAACUAGUUAAAAUAGCUGCUGCAAAAGUACAAUAAAAUAGGUUGGCCUUUCCGCCAUGUUAUCCCCAGCUUCUGUGUGAAAACAACUGCGUCAUAGAUUUAUAUGAGCAGUCUAAAAGUAGCAACAAGUUAAUACGCGACACUGAUUAAGCUUGACCUCUUCACGUAUCCCUCAAACAUGCCUCCUUCCAUAUUAAUAAUAUGAUAAACUUUAUUUAUAAUACUAUUAGUCUGCCUGCAGUUUUAAUUAGUAUUUAUCAAUUGGAUAGACAUUUUUAAGGGCAUUCGGCGUCCAUACGAUCAUGUGGAAUGCAUCUUGUUUUGCUUACAAAUUGUAUUCAUACAUUACUUCAAUAUUCACUAUCUAUUACUCGUUAUUUUAUUAACAAUUUCGUCUAUACAUAUAUAAAAUAACAAUUAAUGAGAAAACAUAUGCCAUGAAAAGUUGUUUUCCGAAGGUUUUCAAUCUAUUUUUAGAUAGUUUUAUCUAUUGCUUGUUACUCUGUGAAAGUGCUUUCUGUUGCAACUAAAAAGUCAGUGUCAAAAUUGAAAAAUAUACUAUGUAUGGCAAGUAUAUAUGUUGUCGUUGUUCUUGUAAUUUCAUCUCAGUCAAAUUCCAGUGUUUCGUUUGACAAAAAUGGUAUUAGAUUCAAAAACUCAAUCGCUUCAUUUUAACAGAAUUUCUCGUUUAAUCAAUGUGGUUGGUAUUAUAAAACCAUGAAAGAGAUUGCGUCACAGGGUUCUAUAUCUAAAGUCCCGGAUAAAGGCUUGGACGUUCACUCAUGUUGAAAUUAGAUCUAGAAUAUAUAAUCAACUAUCGGGCUGAUCCAUGCCAGGUAUCAUUUAUUUAUUUAUUUAUUUUGUUAUUUUCAAAAGUAACAUUUUUUCUUUCAAGUUUACACAGUGCCUGAAAGAAUAUACAAUUCUUAUCGAUCGUCAUGCCUUGUUCAUAUGUUUAUUAUUUGUCCUUUUUUUCACUAUCUUUUUCCAAGGUAUGCAAUCACAAUUUUUUUAUUUGUUUAAUUGAGAUUUGAUUUAUCUACGUCUGUUGUUUUCAUGGUUAUUACAUGAUACACCAAUAACCAUGCAAGUCAAGAGCAGAUGGAAGGGGAUGUUGUUGGCAUAAUCAAUAUAUCAAAAUAGUGUUUCUUUGCAACAUCAUAUAUUUACUUAUGCUAAUGACAUAUUGUGCGUCAAAUGAUAGUUUAGAUUAUGAACUAAUAUAAAUGUUUGUACACUACGAUAAUUUGUAACGUGUGUACCAGUUUGUCAUGCAACACUAAAUGAAGUUUCCUACAUCUUUCAAAUUGUAGUCGUAUAGUUUUGAGCUGAUAUCAUAGGCAGCUGGUAACACACCAGCUCUUGCAGAAAAGCACAUUGUUGAGAAGGGCAACAUUGAUAAAAAAAAACAACCUGUUAGCCUUUCUGGAUGUCAACUUAUCCGCGGCGAAUGUAUUUGAUAAUUUGAAACAUACGAUAAUAUUUAAACAAAUAAUUCAAAACAACUGUAUCAAUGAUAUGACAGUUGAAACACACGCAUCAUGUGUACUGUUAGGGGAAGAUAUUCAGUCAGUGGAAAUUAUCAUACUUCUCAUAAAGCUUUAUAGUCAUAUACAUAGCGACUCUCUGUAAUAACUGUCCAUUAUGACAAGGAAGAAAAUUAUAUUAGAGAGAGAAACCAGUGUCUUGAGAUUUUAAUUUGCAGCAAUGUUUAUAUUUUAUAUAUGUUGGUAUUUACUAGUAUAAAAUAAAGUUUUUAUUUAUCUCA